AUGGCGAUAGUCGUCCCAUCAUCAGGGAAAUCGAAGGCGUGUCGCGGUCUUAGCCAUUUGCGGCGGAACGUAGCUAGCGGUAAGCGCAUCAUAAAUCGCAUACCUCAAAUUUCAUGUGUUCUAACGCCAUUUGAAAUACGAUUGACAAAUCAUGUCAAACUUACAACCAAGUCCGUACAACAAUAUAUCGGGAGUGCCACCGAAAAAUACUGGGCCACCGUAUUCAAGCCAAUA